CGGAUUUGUUAGAGUGAUCCCCAAAUUUCGAGAGGGGAAAGGCGAGGGUCGUUUUCUGCCACUGCCAUAGUUAUGGUCCCUGUUGAGGUAGUAGGCGUGGGACGAAACGACGACUCUAGCUCUAUCCGUGUAUUCUACCCCUUCCCUCCAUCCCACCCUCCCUCCUCCUUCCCUCACUCGUCAAAUCCCUCCCCUGCGCGUUUCUGUGUCACUGUCUCUGCGGGCGUCUCUCUCAUCUGUGCUCCUGUCUCUCUCCCCAUUCUCCUGGCGGCUCGUGCUGGCGAACCCUGCUGAGUACUUGGUGUGCACCGCCCUCCGGUGGCAGGCGGAGGGCGGGGGUAGAUCGAUGGAAGGAGACAGGGUGGGAAACGACCCCCUCGUUUGUCCAGCAGUGUGUUAGCCAUUGCGUAGCUCCCUCCCGGUCGUCUGUCUUCUUCCUCCUGGUUAUUCCUUCGCCAUCACUCCUUCUGUGGCCGCAGUAGUGUGCUUAAGUAGAUACGGUGAUCUUCGGAGAUGGCGAUUCGGGUAGUAGCUCACACCCGGGCCACCGGCCUGGCAAUCUCGGAAUGCUGCCCGUUGAGAGGGCAGGAAGGGUGCGAGACGGUGUCGGUGGUGCAGGCGCAAGGCAAGCGCUCAGCGUUCGCACGCUUCGACGGGCUGCGCUGUGUCGCCAACAGCGAGAAGUGCGCUCCAGCCGGGCGUUCGAACGUCGGAGGCUCCCGCCGGCGCGCUCAGCGCGGGCGGGCGCUGAUUCGUGCCGCGGCUGCUGGGGAGGAGCCCGUGUGGAAGAGAGUCGGGGCGCAGAUAGGCAGGCUCGGCACGACGAGCGGUCGCAGUGCGCCGAAAGGAGAGGACGAAGAGGCGGAACCUCGGGCUGGGCUACUGUCGCUGGGUGCCAACUGGGGGAAGCGUAAUGGAGGUGCGGCUAGCGGUUUAACAUUAUCUAGCGCUGAUCGUAAGAAAGAUGGCGGAGGGGGCACGAUGAUAUUGCGCACCGCUGGGGCGGGGAUCUUCGGCGGACGCGGGCGGAAGGCCGACCCAAGCACCGUCUUUGUGGCCGGAGCGACUGGCCAAACUGGGGUGCGCAUUGUCAAAGAGCUGUUGCGAGCGGGUUUCAGCGUGCGAGCCGGGGUGCCCGAUUUGGAAGAAGCGGAGCAAGUGGCAUCUAUUGCGUCCAAGUACGAGCUGAUCACCAGGGAUGAAGCAAAGCGGCUGAAUGUUGUCCAAUGCGAUCAAAGCGAUGACGAGUCCAUUGCAGCAGCUAUUGGCAACGCUGGCAAGGUUGUCAUCACGGUUGGGCCGCAGGAGAACGGUCCACGUGGCAAGUUUGAAGUCAAGGAUGCAUUAACGAUGGUGGAUGCAGUGGCCAAGGCACGAGCAACACAUUUCGUUCUGGUUUCUAAAAGUGGGAGCUCGGCAGGAGGAGGUGGUGGGCUCUUCGGAUUUCUUAGUGCACUCAGUGGGGGUGGCAGUGGCGUGGCCAACGAGCAAAAGCUGAUCGACAAACUCGUAGAGUCGGGCUUGACAUACACCGUCAUGCGGACUGGACCCACCGAAUCUGUCGAUGACUCGUAUGCGACACAGGCCAAUGUCAUCGUCGAGUCAGAGGGGACGUUGAAGACAUUUUCCACGGUGUCGAAGAUUCAAGUGGCUGAGGUACUUGCGACAGCGCUAGCAACUGCAGGACUCUCAGAAAACAAGGUAUUCGAGGUGUCUGCCAGUGCAGAUGCUCCAGCAAAGUCUGUGGAAGAGCUUCUGAGUGCUCUCCCAGUUGAUGGACGUCGGCAAGCUCUGGAGGAGGCCAGAGCUAUGGCUGAGGCAGAGGAACGUGAACGAGAAGCCAAGGCACGGGCAGAGGCGGAUGCUAAAGCCGCUGCCGAACAGGCUCAAGCAGCUUUGCAGGCUGCUGCAGAACUUGAGGCAGAAGCCAAGAAACUAACAGCAAUGGAGGCAAAGGCAGCUGCUGCUGCUGCAGCAGCAGCAGCAAAAGCACAAGCAGCUUCCAGUGAGGUUCAGGAAUUAUCAGUAAAGGCAAAAGAGACAGGUUUCAAUUUCAGCUUCAUGGGCACGAGAGCUGGUUCUGGACUGAACCUUGGGGCCAUCUUUGCCAGCGGUUCCCAGAAAACACUGGAAGCCACAGAAGAAGAAUUUGAAGAGGAGUCACCAGCAGCAGCACUGAAGAAGGCUCUAAAGCUGCCUGCUUUCCCGACCCCAGGGAAGAUUGACCUCGGAAGCUGGGCACCCAAGCUUGGAAAGAGAGCUGAUGAUGAUGAUAAACCACAAGAAGCUGCUUCAGCUCGGAAAUCUCUGAGGCCCGCAACGAAAAGCCAGGAAUCAAGUACAAAGCGGAGACCCACCCCAAAGGUGUCACAACCUCCCUCACGCCCGAAGGCUGAACCUCAGCUUAAGCCAGCUGGCACAACCAGUGUUCUAGGUGGUCUUUUCAAGCAAGAGACUGUUUACAUUGAUGAUGAGUAAAUGACUCCUCGCUGUCCUCGGUGCAUGAACUACAACAUGGGCGGUUAACAAUAUGUUGCCUGGGAUGUUGACCCUUCAUCUCAGAGUCCUACUUUAACACUACGGCGUGCAGAUUGUGGUUCUGAUGAUUUGGCUUCUGCUAACGUGGCUUCUUUCUUAUGGCUCUUGGUAAGGAUGGCUUCAGAGGAUCAGUUAUAAGCCCAACCCACUGCAUGCGUGCUUGUUUCAUUCUGAGUGACAGAAGGCCCUAAGCUCAAGUUACAGUUCCUGUCAAGUUGUGUCCAGUUCCUUGUAUUCGGUUUUCAGUUGCACCCUGAAUUUGUCAAUAAGAAACACAGAAUGUAAUGAACAGUCGUUGUCCUUUUCAAUUCACCGCGACAAAAGUUGUGUAUGCUACAAUGAGUCAGAUCAUAUGGACCCAUCCCUUUGUUCUCUGCUAAUAAUAUCAGUCACAAGGCAUCAUCUCAGCCAACCAAAUGGCCUGCAGGCCAUCUCCUCAGAAGCCAUGGGUCUGGUUAGCUUCUCUGUGACCACACUCAAGUUUCUCCCAAUGUCCUGUCUUCCCCUCACCAGACUCAUGCCGAGCACGUUGGAAACUUUUUUUUUUGAGAUGACCUGUGUUCCGUUUCUCCUUGUUUCCCAGGUGUUACCUUUCUUCUUCUGUUUUUUUUUUUUUUAGACUUUUUUUCUUUUUCUUUUUUUUUUUACUAAAGACUAGAAACUGGCUCCACCGUUUGCCACGGUUCACCCGCUGUCCCGCUAACCCAUUCCUGUUUCCUGUGAGUUCCGGCUGCAUAGUGUAAUCUCCUCUCUGCAUUGCUGGCCACCAGAUAUUUCCCUUAGUUCCUGCAGUCUAGAGGGACUCAAAUGUCGUAUGGGAAGGUGCAUUUGUGGUGUGUCAUUACGUUUGUCUACCUGUUCAGGGAUUCAAAUCUUUGUCUGGCCUGGGUUGUUUCUCUCUGGUUAUGCAGAGUCCAUGAGUAAGCUGGACAUGGCUGGCUGGCUUCUGUAAAAGGGCCUUUACCCGAUUCAGACCCUGUUUGACGAGUGCAGCAGAGUGGGGUCACUCGCCCUGAGCCCAACUCGUGGAAGCAGAUCAAAGGACAUGUUCUCUGGUUCAAAAGUCACAUCCUAGCUAAGUAAAAGUCAAUGUCAAAG